AUGUCGUACUAUCAGCAAGGAGGAUACCCAGGCGCCUCUCAGCAGGGCUACGGCCAGCCGCCGCCCCAGCAGCACGGCUACGACCAGGGAGGAUACGGAGCACCACCGCCACAACAGUACCCUCCUCAUGGCUACGGCCAGCAGCAGCCUUCCUACCAGCAGCCUCCGUACGGACAGCCAUCUCACUCGCCGCAACCUCCACAUGGCCCCCCGCAUGGCUCGUACGGUCAAGCGCCACCAUCCCCGCAGCCUCAGUAUAGAUAUCAAGAACAUGGACAGCAGCAGCACGCACCGGCACCGCACGGGGGAUACGGUCAGGGACCGCCACCUAACAGCGGGCAGAUGAACAACGGACGCCCGAACUACCAAAACACCUACAACCAGCAGGGCCACAGUGGACCCCCGCCACCACCCAACGGUGCCGUCUCCUUCGGCCAUGGUGCUCCCCAGGGGUACAAUUUCCAGUACUCCAACUGUACCGGCAAACGGAAAGCUCUCCUGAUCGGUAUCAACUAUUUCAACCAGCGAGGUCAGCUGCGCGGCUGUAUCAACGAUGUGAAGAACAUGUCCAACUACCUGAACCAGAACUAUGGCUAUGCCAGACAGGACAUGGUUCUGCUCACUGAUGACCAACAAAACCCCAUGAGCCAACCUACAAAAGCGAAUAUCCUGCGUGCCAUGCACUGGCUGGUCAAGGAUGCCAGAGCCAACGACUCGCUGUUCUUCCACUAUUCCGGUCACGGUGGUCAAACCGCAGAUGUUGAUGGCGAUGAAGAAGACGGCAACGACGAAGUCAUUUACCCUGUCGACUUCAGGACGGCCGGUCACAUUGUCGACGACGAAAUGCACCGCAUCAUGGUGCAAACUCUAGUCCCGGGCGUCCGUCUCACCGCCAUCUUCGAUUCCUGCCACUCUGGUUCCGCGCUCGACCUACCAUUUAUCUACUCUACUCAAGGUGUCCUCAAAGAACCAAAUCUCGCCAAGGAAGCCGGUCAGGGUCUUUUGGGCGUUGUCUCCGCCUACGCUCGUGGCGAUAUGGGUGGCAUGAUGAGCGGUGCCGUCGACCUUUUCAAGAAAGCUACACGUGGCGACGAAAGCUUCAAGAAGGCCCGACAAACUCGUACCAGUCCCGCGGACGUCAUUAUGUGGUCUGGCAGCAAGGACGUGCAGACCAGUGCGGACGCCAGUAUCGGCGGUCAGGCUACAGGAGCCAUGUCGUGGGCCUUCAUUACUGCUCUCAAGAAGAACCCACAACAGAGCUACGUGCAGCUGUUGAACAGUAUUCGUGAUGAGCUCGCAUCCAAGUAUUCGCAGAAACCGCAGUUGAGCUGCAGUCACCCACUCGGUCAGUAG